AUGCCUCUGGCUACCUUCUACUUCGUGUUGCCCUUAAUGGAAGUGCUCUUCUCGGCUGAAGUGAGUGGGCUGCUUGGAGGAGACCAUCUGGAUUGUGUGAAAGCCAGCGACCAGUGUCUCAGGGAGCAGAGCUGCAGCACUAAAUACAGGACACUGAGGCAGUGUGUAGCUGGCAAAGAGAGCAACUUCAGCCGGGCAGCAGGCCUGGAGGCAAAGGACGAGUGCAAAAGCGCCAUGGAGGCUCUCAAGCAGAAAUCCCUCUAUAAUUGCCGCUGCAAAAGAGGCAUGAAAAAGGAGAAAAACUGUCUGCGUAUUUACUGGAGCAUGUACCAAAGCUUACAGGGAAAUGAUUUGCUUGAAGAAUCACCUUACGAACCAGUGAACAGCAGGUUAACAGACAUAUUCAGGCUAGCACCAAUUGUAUCAGCGGAGCCUGUCAUUUCAAAAGGGAACAACUGUCUGGAUGCUGCAAAAGCCUGUAACCUGAAUGAUAUCUGCAAGAAAUAUCGAUCGGCGUACAUAACACCCUGUACCUACAGUGUGUCUAAUGAAAUCUGCAACAAGCGGAAGUGUCACAAAGCCCUAAGGCAGUUUUUUGACAAAGUUCCCCCCAAGCAUAGUUAUGGAAUGCUCUUCUGUUCCUGCCGAGAUAUUGCAUGUACAGAAAGAAGACGACAGACUAUUGUCCCUGCGUGUUCUUAUGAGGACAGGGAGAAACCAAACUGCCUGAAUUUGCAAGAGACUUGCAAGACGAAUUACAUCUGCAGAUCUCGUCUUGCAGACUUUUUCACAAACUGCCAGCCUGAGUCACGGUCUGUUAGUAGCUGCCUGAAAGAAAACUAUGCUGAUUUCCUUGCUUACUCAGGGCUUAUUGGCACAGUUAUGACACCAAAUUAUUUAAAUUAUAAUAAUCUCAGCGUUGCACCUUGGUGUGAUUGCGGCAGCAGUGGCAAUGACAUAGAAGAAUGUCUGAAAUUUCUGAAUUUCUUCCAGGAUAAUUCAUGCCUUAAAAGUGCAAUUCAGGCUUUUGGCAAUGGUACAGAUGUGAAUGUGUGGCAACCGUUCCUACCUGGCCAAACCACCACAGCUUUAACUACAACAGCAUACAGAUCAAAGGCCUAUGACUCUGAGAAUGCUAACAAUGAAAUACCCACUAAUAAUGAUUUGCCAGCCUGUGCCAACAUCAAGGGACCAAAGCAGAGUUUCAAUGAAUCUAUAAUAACAGAACCCUGUGUGACUGGGAAUGCAAUUGGGAAGGAAAGUGUGGCAGGAGGCUCCACCAGCCACAUAUCUUCUGAUCAUUCGUCUUCUCUUCGUGUAAGCGUCAGGUCAAGCACACUUCUUUUGCUGUUGGUGAUUGCACUCCCAUUCUGUUGGUGCCCACGUUCAGAAGAAACCUUGUAUCUGCUUUAA